AUGGAAGAGACCACAAGCAGACGAGCGAGCAGUAAUAAGGACAUGGACCUAUCGGUACUGGACACGAGUACUCCACAACCGCAUCGUCGUCGAGAACCAGGUGAGUUGGCCAUGGAAGGCAGUAUGCGAGAGUUACUUCGCAGUGAACAUUCCAGAGGUCCAGUUGACCACAGCAGCUACUCCAGUCUAAACAUGAGCCAGAGCCAACAACAAGAGCCCGAUCAAACACACAGUCACCCCACAUUGGUGCGUCGGGCCGCGUCGGAUCCAUCCGAGUUCCACCACAGUCUCAACAAUCUUGACGGGAGUGAGACCUCGUUGGCGAGAGAAAAGGCCAUGAUGCGCUAUCCUGCCAGUCGAGCACCGCCACCUCCGCCAACUGCGCGAACGACUAGUACUAGUACUGGUCAGCGGGGGCUGCGGAGAACCGAAACUGGAGAACGUCGCAUGUAUCGAGCAAAACCUCCACCACCCGCGGCGCUAUUGGCGGGUGGUGAAGUACAACGACGCACCCAGGAGCCUGUUCCUCCCGCAGUCAACAUGGAUGGGAGUAGUAGUCAACAACAACAACAAGAACAACAAGAAGAAGACCAAGACGCCACUGCCUCCGUGAGUGCGGAACAAAUCCUCGACUUGACGUCACAGUCAUCGCACAUGCUGUCGUCGUCGCAACAAGACCCAAGCGCCAGCACCGGCUUGCAGGAGGAACAAAUCCUAGAAUUGACGGCUCUGUCAUCUCACGCGCAAUCGUCUCAUAAACAACGGACUAUUCAUACACCAGCCGCCACUUUUUGUGGCACGACCCCUCCCCCUCCUACACUCCACAGUAUGGAAAGUGGAGUGUUGACCAAAAUUCAACUCGCCAGAGUGUUACCCACCAUUACAGAUGAACAAGCGGUGGAGGAAAUGGGGCAACAGCAACGAGAAUGGCAACGGCGUCAGCAGCAACAGCAACAACAAAGACAGCAGCAACAGCCACUCGCGUGUGGUUCCUGCGACGACUGCCUCAAGGGAUUGCCGUGUUUGGUCGCCUCACUGGAUGGAGCGGCACCAGGCGCCUUUUCCGUCACUGCCGAAGCAGAAGUCCGUCGGACACCGGCAUGUGCCUUGACAACGGAUCCGGACAGCCGCCAGCGCGAAUCGCUACAACAGUAUUCUCCCACGACGAGCUCCCCCACCACACGCCGUCAAUCUUCCAAUAAUUUGGCAGUCGCCCAGGCAGUGUCCGCUCAAUUGGUCGAGUGCGGGGAAGAAGAAGCCAGGGAAUUGACGCAACGCGAACACGAAUUGCAGGAACGAGAAGAACAAUUGGCAGAGCAGUUGCGACAAUUGCAAGCCUUGCAAGAACAGUUGGAAUUGCAGCGGUUACAACUGGCUGGUGGCAACAAUGCGACGCCAUUGCCCACAACCACUGUGACGGCACAAGUUGUAGUGGCCGUGCCGGAAGAAAAGCCACCAGCUACUAGGCCAUCGGCGACGGCUCGAGCCAUGAUCGAACCACGACGUUCCCACGCCAAAUUUAGUAACGCAACAAGUAGUGGACCCAUGCGCUUUGCUCCACCCGGUGGUGCCGAUGCACGACAAGUGUUGAUGGGAGUGGAUAGUCAAAUGCAACUGGCACUGCGAGAAUUGCAGCAAAAGUGGCGCGAUCGACAAGACAAACUGGCAUCCAAAUAUAGUAGUGGUGGAAAGAAGCAAAGGUUGCUCUUGUUUGAUCUGACACCUCAAUGGCACUUGCGAUACCUGUGGGCAUAUGCCAAACAGAAUAAAUUGUAUGGAUCGUACCAGUUUCCCUUGGAGCGAACCUUUGCAGCAGAAAAGAAAUUGCAAAAGAGGUUCUUUAGUUUGAACAUGAACCGCAUGCGAGAACAGAUUCGAUCCAAGACACUCUUCCCGGUCCCUGGUUUGAAGACACAGGGAGGCCAUGACAUGUUUUACAUGCGGCCUUCUCGUUACUUGCCUGGCCAAACAGCGACAAAGACCGUUAUUGACAACCUGAUCUACGUCAUGAACACCAUGCUGGAAAACAACCUAUCGGCUCAAAAGGAAGGCAUUGGGUUCGUUGCGUGCAUGGAUGAGUGGAAGAUGAAGAAUUUUGAGGUCAGCUACUGCUACCAGUUCAUGAUGGGUCUGCAGGGAGUCAUGGUCCCGGUCAAGACUCAGCUCUUUUUGAUUGUCAAUCCGCCGAGCUGGUUUGGAGCAAUCUGGAAGAUUAUGCGGCCCAUGUUGGCCCCAUCCUUCCGAAAGCGGGUCAAGAUUUGUCCCGAGUCCAAAAUCUCCAAGUACCUGCAGCCUGGGUUUGAAAAGUUCUUGCCCGAUGACAUGCAGACUGGUCAAGCUGAUACUGAUGCAAUGGUCAGGGAUUUUAUCGCGUACCGCGACCACGUGGAACCCGGACAAAAUGCACGUCAACAGGAUGUUGACCAGAGCUCUGUUCAUGGGGGUAGCUCCAAUGGAGACAUUGAUGACAUGGGUUCCGUUAGUGUUUCACACCAUAAUUCUUCUUCCGACGGAUGCUCGUUGUACGGCUCGCAACCCUCGAUCAGGUCGAGCGAACAUGGAGAUGAAGACGACGAUGCCUCCAUCCAUGGUGAUAUUGACAAUUAUGAGGCGCUGGAAGAGGAAGACAUGAAGCAACAGUCAACCGAGGUAGUUCGCAUCUCCAACAUGCCGCGUCCUUGA